AUGCCAGACAAGAUUACGCUCCCUCGUAAUUACAAGCCCUCUCACUACAAGCUCUCGCUGAGUGACUUGGACUUUCAAGCAUGGACUUAUAAAGGCACCGUCAGCAUUGAUCUGGAAAUCACAGUCGCAACCAAGAGCCUUGCCUUGAAUGCAGAGGAGCUCAAAGUCAUAAAGGCUGAGCUCCAUGACGACAAUGGCAACGCGCCACGGGUGAUCCCGUCCGCUGGCCACAGCCACCGAAAGGAUGACACCAGUGUCACAAUCUCCUUCGAUGCAGAGCUCCUCGUUGCCAAACCUUACACCUUGAUUAUCAGCUACGAGGGGAUCCUCAAUGCGCAGUCAAUGGGAUUCUACCGCGCACAAUACAAGGCGAUCUCCGAGCCACCAGCCUCGGUAGCUCGGGGCGAAGAUGGCUCGCCUCAUAUUGUGUGCACGCAGUUUCAACCCACUGGCGCGCGCCGCGCAUUUCCUUGUUUUGAUGAGCCCAACAUGAAGGCCACUUUCUCUCUGGACAUUGAGCUCCCGUCCGAUCAGACGGCUAUCAGUAACACGCCCGUCGUGGCGACGCAAGAGACAAGCUCGGGCCGCAAACGCGUGAGCUUCGAGACGACACCAAUCAUGAGCACCUAUCUACUCGCCUGGGCUGUCGGUGACUUGAAGUACAUAGAAACGUUUACAGAACAAAUGUACAGAGGCAGCAAGAUCCCGGUGCGGUUUUAUGCAACGGCAGGCUCGGAAGAACAAGGUCGCUUCGCCAUUGAAGAGGCGGCCAAGGCCGUGGACUUCUUCUCCAGCACUUUUGGUAUCGAGUAUCCACUGGCCAAGCUAGAUAUUGCUGCCAUUCCCGAGUUUGUUUUUGGGGCAAUGGAGAAUUGGGGCCUCAUCACUGGCAAAGCUAAUCUUUUGACUUUCGACGAAAAGACGAGCGGCUCAUCCAAGAAAGAGCUGAUAUCAUCCAUCAUCGCGCACGAAGUGGCCCACCAGUGGUUCGGCAACCUCGUCACCAUGGACUGGUGGGACGAGCUCUGGCUGAACGAGGGCUUUGCGACAUGGGCGGGCACCUACGCCGUCGACCACCUGCACCCUGACUGGAACACGUGGGCAACGUUCAUGGGCGAGGGCAUGGAGGGCGCGCUGAUUCGCGACGCCAUGCGCUCCUCGCACCCCAUCCAGGUCAAUGUCCCCGACGCCCGCAACGUGCACGAGAUAUUCGACCAGAUCAGCUACCUGAAGAGCUGCGCGGUGCUCAACAUGCUGGCGAGCCACAUGGGCGUGGGUACCUUUCUCGCUGGCGUGUCGAGCUACCUGGAGCAAAACAGCCACCGCAAUGCCACGGCGGAGGACCUGUGGCGGGCUCUGGGCGAGGUCUCGGGAGACGACAUCGUCGCCAACAUCAAGCCAUGGAUCGAGAAGAUUGGACACCCGGUGCUGACCGUGACGCAAGAGUCUGGCCGGCUGACUCUGAAGCAAUCACGCUUUCUUGCCGCCGACGACAUGAAGCCGGAAGAAGACGAGACGAUUUGGUGGAUUCCGCUCGGCUUCCGAAGCUUGCCUGACGACAAGCAAGUGCCGUCCAUGAUACCGACGCUUUCAGAAAGAGAAACGUCGGUGGACGUGCCGGACGAGCUGCUGUACUUGCUCAACGGUCCCGGCACAGGCUUCUACCGCGUCGCGUACCCCACAGACCACCUAACCAAGCUUGGCCGGAGGCAGGAUGCGCUGAGCGCCGUGGAGAAGCUCACGAUUCUCAACUCGGCGUCUGCGCUCGCCUUCUCCGGCUCCGGCUCCGUCGUUUCUCUGCUUGGAUUCAUGCAGGCCUUUGCGGACGAGACGGACUCGCAGGUGUGGCUCCGGAUGAUGCGAGACUUUUCGCGACUGCGGCAUCGCUUCAACGACGAUGCGGAAAUCCUACCCGGGAUCAAAGCCCUGACAUGUGCUGUCAUCAGCAACAUGGUCAAGGAGCUGGGCUGGCAGCCAGUGAAGGGAGAGUCGCACCUGCGAUCGGCGCUGCGAAGAACCAUGUUGGAAGCAGGCUUUUAUUGCGAUAGCGACGAAAUUCAAGAAGCCGCUCUGAUGAAGAACAUGAUGGACGAGGCAGACGCGGAGCAGCGCACCAUCGAUCCCGCGCUGCGCUACAUCGCCUGGGGUGCCACUGCCAGAGCCUCGCCCAAGACGGCCGUCCCGGCCAUGCUCGCCAGGUGGCAGACGUCGACGUCGACGGAAGAGCGCGGGCGUCUCGUGCGCGGCGUGUGCAUGGCGCGGGACCCCGACGUGCUCCGCGACCUCGUCCUGCCGUUUGGCUACGGCGAGGCGCCCGGGGGCCUGGCGCUCCGGCCGACGGAGAUGUUCCCGCUCGUCACGACGCUGGCGCUCCAGUGGCCGGAGCGCGGGCUGCAGUGGGAGCACGUCAAGGCGCACUGGGACGGCGCCGUCGCGGCCAAGCUGGGCACGCCCGAGGCCGUCACCCGCGUGCUUAACGGCUGCCUGACGGGGUGCACGGACGAGGCCGAGGCGGCGGAUAUCGAUGCGUUCUUUGCGAACAAAAACACGGACGGGUAUGCCAUGACGCUGGCCAAGAUCAAAGAUGGCAUCCUGAGCGCGAGCCGUUUCCGCAAGAGGGAGCGUGCCUCCUUGGCGGCGUGGCUGCAGGAGCAGGGCUACAUGGCGUCGCAGUAG